UAUCGAUUUUAUCACAAUCUUGGAUUUUGCGGAAUAGUGUAAACUGCAAGGGCAACGUGACGCCUGACGGUCAUGUGCUCGAGAGAUGCCAUAAGAGUGCCUUAUAUUCGAUAUUAGCGAGGUACGUGAUACCGUCACCGCGCUAACGAAAUUAUACACAAUUACGUCGGGUUUCUUGACGGAAGGUGCAGAACGUCGUUUUCCACGCUACGAAUAUGUCUUACUCCAAAUAUGUGAUAUUUGCGACGUUCUGGUGGAUCCUUGCAACAACUGGGAAUAUCGUUCGGAACGAGGACAUCUGCGGACCUCACAAUGGCAGACGUCUGUACCUGGAGCUAGGUGAGAAGGGCAUCCUCUACGCAAAGAACGUCACCUUCGUCAGAAAUUUACCGAGGCAACUUAUGCCGCGACUUUAUUCCACGACCAUCAACAGUUCUCAUCACCAAUGCAGCCUCGAAUUGGUGACUUGUCCGUCCUGUGUAAUAGUUGUCACCUUCAAAAACAUCGCGCUUCCGCGUCAUUGUGGCGACGGAGGAGUCGUGAUGGACAGUCCAUGCAGGUAGGAUACAUCGGUAAACACAUUACGUUUUAUACAGCAACAUAAUUUUAUUUUUGUUAAUACUGACGCUUUUUAAAUUUAA